GCCGCCGAUUCCUAAGUGCAGGGUCUAAUUUGAUAUUUUUGCCAUUGGCAUUACUUUACAGAAAAUUAAGUUUUGCAAGAAGUGAAAAUUUGCAGAGAAGAGAAGAGUCCAAAAAAAUGCUUCUCUCCCCUCCAGACAGCAUCAGGAAGCUAUGGGAUAGAUGGAAUCUUCGAGGACUCAUUAUUAUCAGUCUCUCACUGCAAGCCUUCUUGAUCAUGUUUGCAUCAUCAAGAAAACGAAGAGGUGGAUGGAAAAUUGUCACGUUUAUCUG